UCUUUAUCGACUUACGUCCAGUUAUCUGCGAUCUUCGAUCGUGCACAGACGUAACGGCAACAGAUUGUUCAUUCUGAAGUGAUGAAUAAAAUCGUGGGAUUAAACCUCUUCUUCUUCGUGUCAUCAGUACUUGGCAAUGAUGAAGUUUGUAAACCCAUCAUGGGAUCCUACAAAUUGUGCCGUAAAUCCAACACACUAACUCGUGUAAUUACCGACAACGCAUUCCUGUCUUCCUUGUACUUGUUUUUAGAUUGGACCGACGACACGACAAUCGGUCCGAAUGCUUUCUCCAAUUUAAAUCUAAAUGUUCUCAGUUUGUACUUCCCUUAUCCAAAGUACAAUGAUCCGCCUACAAUUGCAGUGACACUUCUACCAAAUUCCUUAGUUGGCUUAUCAGAAUUAAAAAAUCUAACAAUCAAAAAUGCCAAUAUUAAUUUCGGUGAUGGGAAUCCCCUGUCUUCACUAGUAUUAUUGCAAGAAUUAGAGAUAUCUAAAUCCAAUUUUACUGAGAUACCAACUGAUAUGUUAGCGAUGCUGCCGAAUCUUGAAGAUUUAUCACUGGAGGGCAAUCAAAUAAGAAAGAUCGAGCCAAAGGAUCUGCUGCCCCUGAAACAUUUGAAAAGAUUGGAUUUGAGUUACAACGACAUAACUGAUAUUAAACCAGGGACUUUUGAUGAAUUUAACGCAUUGAGGACACUGGAUCUGUCUUUCAAUUCUUUUCCAGUAGUGCCUGGACUCCUGAGAGGAUUAUCUUGCUUGAAGUUACUUCGAAUAUCUAAAUCGUUCGAUCACAACGGUUUCCAGUCUGAGAUGCUCUCAGAUGUACCAAAUCUGGACGAACUGCAAUUGGAUUUCAAUAAUCUAUCUACAUUGUCCCCUGAUAUGUUUCAGAAUCUCAGGUCACUGCGAGUGCUCUCCUUGUACGGCAACAAAAUUCGGGAUAUUCCUCGAGGAGUUUUUGACCAAAUGCCAUCACUGAAAGAUAUUUCAAUAGCUGACAAUGAAAUUGAGACGAUAACUCCGGGAGCGUUUGGUGAUUUAGACAUCGACACUGUAAAUCUCUCCUUGAAUCCUGUCAGAAAAACCAUCCAGACUGAUACCUUCAGAGGUCUUACAGUCCGUCGUUUGAUCCUUUCCAAAUGUAAAAUUGCAAAACUGGAAUCAAAGGCUUUCAACGGAUUACAAGUCACACAAAUGCUCGAUUUGACUGAGAAUGAUUUAACUGAAGUCGGGGCUGACGAUUUCUCAGGACUCAGGACUAAAAAUUUAGAUUUGAGUCAGAAUCGCAUUGCAGCUAUUACUAAGGACGCAUUCAAGAUGACUGCAAUGGAACGAUUUGGACUUUAUGGAAAUCCUAUCAAAGAUAGGGUCAAAGCAACUGAGUGGGGAAUAAAAUCAUCUGUCGUAAUUAUGAAAGCGGAUUGUGAAGCCAUGAAGAUAAUUGUUGGACUGAAUCUCCUGGCCGUGGUAUCAGGAAUCCUGAGGAAUGAUGAAGGAUGCGUAUCAAUUAGUGGGAACUUCAAAGCUUGUCGUGAAUCUCAAACGAUCACUCGGGUGAUGUCCGAGGGUUUCUCCAGCUACUUGAUUUUUCCGUUGGAUAGUGACACAACUAUUGGUGCUAAUGCGUUCACCAAUGCGAAUUUGAGUGUUCUUCGUCUGAACUUUCCUUAUCCUGGCAAAGAGAAAAUUACUCCAACCCUUACGCUGACAUUUCUGCCCCAUUCCUUCAGUGGUAUGUCGGAAUUAACAAAUCUAACUGUCACACAUGCUAAUAUCAAUUUCAACUGUGAUAAUCCGUUUGCUGGACUCCUGUCACUCCAGAGUUUGGAGAUAAUGAACUCCAACUUGACGGAAGUACCAACUGAAAUGUUGAAAUCAUUGCCAAAUCUUGAAGAGCUAUCUUUGGAGCGCAAUCAGAUACGGGAGAUUCAGCCACAUGAUUUAGCACCGUUUAAACGUCUGAGGAUUUUGAAUUUGAGCUUCAAUGAAAUGAGAAAUAUUGCACCAGGAACUUUUGAUGGACUGGAUGGAUUGAGAGUACUGGAUUUGUCUUUUAAUGUAUUUACUGCUGUGCCUGGACUCUUGAAAGGAUUGACGCAGUUGGAGAUUCUUCGGAUAUCGAAAUCCUUUGAUCACCACGGAUUCCAGUCUUUUAUUUUUCAAGAUGUCCCCAAUCUCCGGAAACUGCAAAUGGGCUACAAUAAUUUAACGGCUCUGGCUCCUGGAAUUUUUGACAGCAUUAUGUCGCUGCGUAAGCUUUCCCUCUAUGGUAAUCAAAUUCGAAAUAUUCCGACAGGUAUUUUUGAACGUCUGCGAUCGCUCAAGGAAAUUUCUAUAGCUGAUAAUGAUCUCGAGACGAUAGAACCGGGCGCUUUUGGUGAUUUGAAUCUUGAUGGUUUGAUUUUGUCUCUUAAUCGUGUCAGCAAAAUUAUUCAGAGUGAUACUUUUAAGGGUCUGACUGCACGUCGUUUGAGCUUGAACAAAUGCAAAAUUUCGAGAAUAGAACCGAAAGCUUUCGGUGGCUUACGAGUCACUCAAAUGUUGGACCUGUCUGAAAAUGAUUUAACUGAUGUUGGAGUAGAGGAUUUCUCGGGAUUGACAGUUGAGGACUUGGACUUGAGUCAAAAUCCUAUUGAAACUAUCGCCCAGAAUGCAUUUAAAAAUACUGUUUUGCAACGAUUGGGGCUUUAUGGUACACCUGUUAAGAAUAGAGUAGAUAAAAAUUCUUGGGGAAUUGAUUCAUCAGUUGAGAUUAUGAACCAAGCAUUGUGGUACUCUGUAGCAAUGAAGAUCUUCGUCGGAAUCAAUUUUAUCUUGCUCGUGCUCUCAGUAAGUGGAAAAAAUGAAGUUUGCGAAACUAAUGAGGAAGGUUUCGAGAUUUGCAGGGAAAUAACUACCGUGAUAACAAGUGUAACCAGCAAAAUGGGUAAAAGUGCCGAUACAAAAACAAGUGUGCAAAUGGAUUUUGAUGGUGAUGUAAUAAUCGGCCCAAACGCAUUCAGCACUUUGCACCUCACAAGCAUUAUUUUGAAGAUGCCAUAUACUGAUGUGCGAAAUAAAUCUGCUCUUCCCACGGUGACUCUCUAUCCGGAUUCAUUCGUGACUCCAUCGAAUAUAUUCAGCCUCUUCAUCAUACGGGCAAAUGUCAACUUGCUUGGAAAUAUAUUCAAUUCGAAUAUACAAAUAGAAUGGGUACGAUUGAUUCGUUGUGGUUUCACAGAGAUACCUACUGAAAUGUUAGAAUCUUUACCAAAUCUUGGUGAACUCUCAUUUGAACGUAAUUAUUUACGUGUAAUUCGUCGAGAUGCAUUUGCUCCGCUGAAACGUCUGAGAGAGUUGCAUUUGGAGGGAAAUGGUAUCGUCAGUUUGGAACUAGGUUGUUUCAAUGGUCUAGCUAAUUUAAAAGUAUUGAAUCUAGCUGACAACCAAUUUUCCCCAGUCUCUGGUAUUUUUAGUGGUCUGAAUAAGCUGACAGGUCUUGAUAUUACCAAUGCAUUCGGCGAUCAUGAGUUCAAUUUUCAUAGUCUUCAAGACACUCCCAGCCUGAUGAACCUCAGAAUGGGAAACACCAACAUAAAGUCUCUGAAACCCGAUAUGUUCUCCAUUGUUCCUAGACUUGCUUAUCUGUUUUUAUUCGGAAAUCAUAUUUCCAGUGUUCCAAAAGGGGUGUUUGAUACGAUGAAAUUCCUGAAACUAGUUCAUCUGGCCCAAAACGAUAUUAAGACGAUCGAACCGGGUGCAUUCUCUGGAUUGAAUAUGAAUAUUCUUUAUCUCUUGAAUAAUAAAGUGGAUAAAACCAUUGAGACAGGUACAUUCAGUGGCUUAUCUGUCACGGAGUUAAAUCUCAGGGCCAGCAACAUUCGAGAAUUGCAACCAAGAGCUUUCGAUGGUCUUUCUGCAAAGCAGCUUGAUUUAAGCGAUAAUAAAUUCACGCAAAUCGGUGCUGAGGAUUUUUAUGGACUGCAGGUUGAGGAACUCAUCUUAAAGAAUAAUAAUAUUACAGCUAUUGCUCCAAAUGCAUUCAAGAAUACUAAAGUGAAGAAACUGAGGCUGUUUGGUAAUCCCAUCGAUGAUAAUGAUAGAGAGACUUGGGGUCUUCCUGAAACAACAGAAAUAUUAUGGAAUGAAUACUCAUGGUGACCAGCAAGAUUAACAGUCGAGCAGAGAAUACUUUCUUGAUUGAAUGGAUUCUACAGAUAUCGAUGGAAUAUAGUUCAUAAGCAUGGCAUUUAUUCCCAGAUUUAAUUCUAGUUGAAGGAAUUAGAAAACCCAAAUAUCUGGUAGUAACUGGAUAGCUCUCACAAAUAUAUUACAAUUUGUUCCAAUAUUUGUCGUUAUCUGUCUUAGCAGAUUACUCGGAGUUAAAUAUUCCACGUGAUUUUUUCUAUCUUAAUUCUUUUCUAUUCAGUGUAUCGGCGUUGUGAAUGUAAUCAAAGUUAAUCAUUUGAAAUGAUAAACAUAAUAAUCUAAGUAAUGAGAAAUUAAGUAAGUUUUAGAAAAUAGAUGGAAAAAUGUUCUGUAGUUGCGCAAUUGGUAUUUGAAAAUGAGUAUAAAAUGUUUGUCUAUAUCUUACACAUAUUUUUAUAAAUAAAAAAAUAUAUAAGUCCAA